AUGUCCUCCUCCUCGGCCCCGACAGACAGUCCAGUCUUCAAACUUUACCGCUACACGCCGAAUUUAGGAGCGGCCGUGGUUUUUCUGAUCGCCUUCGCAGCUACGACGUUGUAUCACAUAUACCAGAUGAUCCGGGCCCGAUCAUGGUACUUUACUCCUCUUGUGAUUGGCGGUAUUUUCGAAGUCGUCGGAUACAUCUUUCGAAUUCUGGCGCAUUCCAACCAACAAUCCAUUCCCAUCUACAGCAUCACCACGAUUCUAAUUCUGCUCGCACCGGCGCUCUUCGCCGCCUCGAUAUACAUGGUUCUCGGACGAUUGGUCGUCGCACUCGACGCAGAAGAUAUGUCGCCUAUCCGCAAGAAGUGGAUGACCAAGGUUUUUGUCACUGGAGAUGUCAUUGCAUUUUUGAGUCAAGCGGCCGGUGGAGGAAUUAUGGCUAGCGGAACGGCUAGCGCUCUGACGACUGGAGAGUAUAUUACGAUAGCGGGUCUGGCCAUCCAACUUGCCUUCUUCAGCGUCUUCAUCCUCACCGCGACUAUUUUCCAUCGUCGAUUCCAAAGAACCACAAAUACCGCGCCGAUGAGAAUGUCCGUUAAAAACAUGAUGAAUAACAAGAACUGGGAGGCUCUGCUGUACGUUUUGUAUAUUACGAGCGCACUGAUCCUGGUCCGUUCGGCUUUUCGCUUGAUCGAGUAUGCUGGUGGAAAUGACGGGUAUCUGCUUUCGCAUGAGGUUUUCGCCUACAUCUUCGACGCAACUUUGAUGUUUUUUGUAAUGGUGAUACUCAACAUUUUCCACCCAUCCGAUGUCAUGGGAGACAAAGCGACCUUGCAUGGAAGUACGGGCAUGUAUUUGCGUAACCGGGGUUCAGAAGUUUGA